AUAUAUGUAUGUGGCCACGUCACUUUGGCUCUCUUUGUUUCUCUCUUUUGUGCCGACAUUCUACGUACAUAUUAUAGGCGGCACAACACCAAAAAUUUUUAGCUCGUUGGCAAAACAAGUGAAAAUUAAACAAAUACCGUUGACUGGUAUAGUACGGUGCCAACAAUAUAAUCAAGCAACAAGAACAAGAACGAAUACGCUACAAGAAAAACUCUGACGAAUCACAUUCAAAAUGAAUAUUUUUCGGUUCGCUGGAGAUUUAUCGCAUGUAUUUGCCAUUAUAAUACUAUUACUUAAAAUAUGGAAGACAAGAUCAUGCGCUGGCAUAUCUGGCAAAUCGCAGAUCUUAUUUGCUAUCGUUUAUUUGACACGCUAUCUCGACCUCUUCACCACAUAUGUCAGCCUCUACAACUCGGUGAUGAAAGUUCUCUUUCUGGCUACAUCGGGCGCCACUGUUUAUUUGAUGUAUGUGAAGUUCAAAGCGACUUACGAUCACAAUCACGAUUCAUUCCGCAUUGAGUUUUUGCUGGUUCCUUGCGCUCUGCUCUCAUUGGUGAUCAAUCACGAGUUCACCGUGAUGGAAGUUCUCUGGACAUUCUCGAUCUAUUUGGAAUCAGUUGCCAUUCUGCCUCAGCUGUUCUUGGUGAGCAAGACGGGAGAGGCUGAGUCGAUUACAAGCCAUUAUCUAUUUGCGCUCGGAUCAUAUCGCGGUCUGUAUCUGCUGAACUGGGUGUAUCGUUACAUGGUGGAGUCGCAUUACGACCUGAUUGCGAUUUUUGCUGGAAUCGUUCAGACAAUCUUGUAUUGCGAUUUCUUCUAUCUCUAUAUUACCAAAGUGCUCAAAGGCAAAAAGCUACAGCUGCCAGCAUAAAUUGCACAGGCAACCAGCAAUUAAUUCCAUACGAUCGAUGUGUGUGUGCGUGUGUGGUGCCGUCGCUUCAGAUGCUGAGGAUGGAGGCAGAAGACAGCGGAGUAUGGAGAAGAUAGCAGCAAUAAUGCAAGAUGCGGACCGCUUGUCUAAGCGUUAUAAUUAGUUCAUAAUCAGAUAAAAAAAAAAUCACAAAAAAAUACAUUUAAAAUAUGAUAUUGUAUAUCGAAAGGGAAUAUUUUUGUGUUGCAUUAGUUGAAACUUUAAAGAAAAUAAGAAAUUUGAAUGUGGCACCAUCUAAUAUGCAAAAAAACGAACUCAUGCAAAUUAUUAAAGUAUAACAAAUAAUGUACAAAUUCUAUUUAUUCAUUAUGAUUUUGUCUUGUCCUUAUGCUGCCAACUACAAUAUUUUUUCUUAAUGUCUAAAAUGUACGCCUCGUAUACAUAUUACAUUUAUGUAGUAUGUGUGUGUAUUAAUGUGGUAAUAUGUUUCUUAUCUAAUGUACUUCGUUUACCUAAAUCAAAAUGUGCAGUAAUUAUAAUUUACUUUAAAACAGAA